UUUCUAAAAAAAUAAUACUGCGGGCAAGGAAGCUAUCAUUGGCAAUUUUCAACAUCGUGCCACGCUGCUUAAGGGUAACAUAAUAAGCACGGUAGCAUAGCAUAGCAAAAGCAAUCAUGGGAUGCGAUGGCGGAACUAUUCCCAAACGCGAUGAGCUGGUCCGCGUCAAACAAAAGCCAGAACAGAAAGACAAAGACGCGGAGCGGGAGUUUCGCUGGCUGCACUGCACUCUGACGCAGCAGCGCCUGCAGGAGCCCAUAGCCAUGUGCGGAAUGGGCAGAUUGUACUCAAAGCAGAGCCUCAUCGAGAGGCUGCUGGAAAAGGAGAAAAUGCCCGAGAUGUCCGAGCAUGUGAAGAGCCUAAAGGACAUUAAAACUCUACAAUUGACCCCCAAUCCCGCCUUCACAGAAGAGGACAAGACCGAGGGACUGCUAGACACUCGUCAUGCCCCAUAUAUAUGCAAGCUGAUUGGGCUUGAGAUGUCAGGAAAGUUUCGAUUCGUUGCACUUUGGAGCUGUGGAUGUGUGGUGUCCGAGAGAGCCCUGAAACAGAUUAAAGGAAACUCGUCCAGCACUUGCCCCUUGUGCCAGACCCCCUACAGUGUCGAGGACAUAGUCGUUCUGAACGGUAAUGAAGAGGACUUGGAGCUGAUGAAGGUCAAAAUGGAAAUGCGAGCAGCCAAAAGGAAGUCGUCGAAAAAAGACAAAAAGGAGGCCAAGAAGGUGGAGAUUAAAACAGAGACCGACGAGUCUUGUGCGUCCACGGUUGUGACUGAGAAGCCCUCAACCUCAACCAGCUCAAAAGUCAAGGUAGUCGCCAAUCCCAAGCGCUUGGGGACUGCGAACGCCAUGCAGGACCCCGAACUCAAGCGAUUGAAAAACGACUUCAGCGUGGCCAAGGACCCAAAGGCCAGCGAUGUCUACAAAUCCCUCUUUACCUCCCACAAAACGGAGAAGGAGCAGGAGCGUGCCCACUGGGUCACCUACAAUCCAUUCUACAAUUAGUUUAAUAAAAUAUUCCCAAGAUUGCUGUGCGUUAAAAAUCAUAUUUGCAGACAACUCCAAAACCAUUUGAUAGAAUAAAACUAAACACGAAACGAAA